AUGUCCUCCACCAACGAUGAGGACCCCUUCGUGCAGGUCCAGCAAGAUGUUCUCAACCAGAUGGCCACCACGCGCCCGCUGUUUGCUUCAUAUCUUCGAAUUCGCUCCCUUUCCACAAACGCCAGCUCCCCCGAACUCGCCUCCGCCCGCUCUGAUCUCGAAGAUGCUCUAUCAUCCCUUGCCGACGACUUAGCCGACCUAAUCGCUUCUGUCCAAGCCGUUGAAUCCAAUCCCUCGCAAUUUGGGCUGUCAGAGCACGAAGUUAUGCGUCGAAAGCGCCUCGUGCAGGAAGUUGGAGGCGAGAUCGACGAUAUGCACGAUGAGCUUGCGAAGAAGAUGGACGCGGGCGAUCUGCCUGACCCGAAUGCGUUUGCCAUUGACGGCGAACAAGAGGACAAUUACACCGAGUUUGAACAGCAGCAGCAGAUGGAGAUGAUGCACGAGCAAGACCAGCACCUCGACGGCGUGUUUCAGACAGUAGGCAACUUGCGCCGGCAGGCGGACGACAUGGGAAGGGAGCUCGAGGAGCAGCGUGAAAUGCUUGAUGAAAUAGACACUGUCGCUGAUCGCGUCGGCGGACGGUUGGCGACGGGCGUACAGAAAUUGCAACAUGUGAUACGACAGAAUGAAGAUCGCUAUAGCAGCUGCUGUAUAGCGGUUCUCAUAUUUGUCCUUAUACUGUUGCUAGUCAUCCUUCUCAUCAUAUAA